GUCCAGCUUCCAACUGGUGCCUCAGAGGAAAUACACUGACAACUUCAAAACUUGGUAAAAUAACGACAAGAAAAUAAAAAUAGAAAAAUGCUGAGAGUGAGCACCAUGUUUAUCGUCUGCGCUCUAGCAUUACAUCCACUUUAUGUCUAUGGAGAUGAUGGAAUUGAGAGCUGCGCGCCUAAUCAAGUCUGGAAUUCUUGUGGAACUGCCUGUCCCUUGAAUUGUCAGAACUUCAGAACCCCACCAGAUGUGUGCAUAUUGUCCUGCAACAGAGGGUGCUUCUGCAAGGAACCCUAUAUUUUUCAAAAUGGAACCUCGGGCCCCUGUGUUCUGCCCAGUCAAUGCCCUCCUUCUCAAGUUGAGAGCUGCGCGCCUAAUCAAGUCUGGAAUUCGUGUGGAACUGCCUGUCCCUUGAAUUGUCAGAACUUCAGAAACCCACCAGAUGUGUGCAUAUUGUCCUGCCAGAGAGGGUGCUUCUGCAAGGAACCCUAUAUUUUUCAAAAUGGCACCUCGGGCCCCUGUGUUCUGCCCAGUCAAUGCCCUCCUUCUCAAGUUGAGAGCUGCGCGCCUAAUCAAGUCUGGAAUUCUUGUGGAACUGCCUGUCCCUUGAAUUGUCAGAACUUCAGAAACCCACCAGCUGCGUGCAUAUUGUCCUGCCAGAGAGGGUGCUUCUGCAAGCAACCCUAUAUUUUUCAAAAUGGCACCUCGGGCCCCUGUGUUCUGCCCAGUCAAUGCCCUCCUUCUCAAGAGCAAAGGUGCCCACUUAAUCAAUUCUGGGAAUCAUGUGGAUAUGCCUGUCCCUUGAAUUGUCAGAAUUUUAGAAACCCACCCAAGAUCUGUCCGACAGUCUGCAGGACUGGGUGUUCCUGCAAGGGACCUCAUAUCUUUCUACGUGGCAAAUCUGGACUCUGCGUUCUCCCUAAGCAAUGCCCUCCUUCUAAAAUUUAAGGAAAAUUCUUGAAGUGCAUAUUUGGCUCUUUAUCUUUAAAAUCUGUUGGCUUAUCAUCUUCACUGUGCUGGACAGCUCUUACCAGAUGUAAAAUGUAUAAAGUUUAAUAUGAAACAUUCAUCUUUCCCAGUGAAUGAGUAAACGUAACACAAAAAAGAA